CCUAAAGUGACGACAGUUUUCACCCACUUCGCAGCCCGCCUUAGCCUACAUUCUUUCCGUUACGACUCCGCAUUCUAAGUUGCUCGACCUUUAACGCUUCCUUUAAACCCCUAUAACCUUUGGCGCGUGUACCCCACUCUCUUCUCCUCAAAAAUUUUAUCCUCAAGCAAAUCAAAACCCAAAGAAACAUUCUUAGCUUCGUUCGCUCCCACAAUUUAUUCCUCUGAUUCUUAAGACUCACGCAGAUAUCAAAAUCUUUUGGGCAUAGAGAUAAAGGAAGCAACCUAUAGUUAUGCGUGCAAAUGGCAACAUAUAAUUAUGAUCCUGAUGUUACUCGGUGGGGUCUCCAUCAUCUGCUAGAUGUUUGCACUCUUAGGAAUAAUGCUUCUUGUAAUGGUGUGACUCGAUAUGACCAAGAUUUGAGUCGAGUCGAGUUUGUUAGAGAAGGUUAUUGUGAGAAGGAUAAUGUGGAGAAUGAUGAGGCUGUAGCACGUGCGCUUCAAGAAGAAUUUUCGCGGAUUGAUUGUUUAGAAGCUUCUGGAGUAUCUAAUGGUGGGCCAGAGCAUUUGCAAGAAUCUGUUCUUGCACAGAAUUGGCUUGGUCCUUCGGUUAGACACUAUAGUUAUGGUAAUGGAAAUUUAGGGCAUGACAAUGAUCAGCAAGCAGCAAAUGAACCUGGCAUACAGAUGGAGAAUGCAGUUCCCUGCGGAAUCAUAAUAGAGGAGGCGAGUGAUCAUAACAAAGUGGAAAAUGAUGUACAUCCUGAAAUUAAAGUGUUCGCUUCAUGCUCUAGCCCAGGAGGAGGAGAACCAUCUUAUGUGGAUGAUUUGUUACAUAUAUUCGAUAUAGCUGAUGAGUCCAGUCUUGAUGGUGAAGUAGGCAAACGAUUGAAUCAGAUGGUUCCUGUUCCUCAUGUUCCUAAAACUAUUGAGAAAAUACCCACAGUUGAUGAAGAAAUAUCAGAUCAUCAAAGGCUGCUAGAGAGACUGGAGUUAUAUGAGCUGGUUGAGCUUAAGGUUCAAGGAGAUGGUAACUGCCAGUUUCGUGCUUUAUCUGAUCAACUGUAUCGUUCUCCUGACCACCACGCUUCUGUAAGAGAACAGAUUACUCAACAGCUUAAGUGUCACCCGGAAAUGUACGGGGGUUAUGUCCCCAUGGCUUACAAUGACUAUUUGAAGAAAAUGAGCAAGAGUGGCGAAUGGGGUGAUCAUGUGACAUUACAGGCUGCUGCAGAUUGGUUUGGAGUCAAGAUAUUUGUGCUAACUUCAUUUAAGGACACAUGUUACAUUGAGAUCCUUCCACAUGUCGAAAAGUCCAAACGAGUUAUUUUCUUGAGCUUUUGGGCUGAGGUGCAUUACAAUUCGAUUUAUCCAAAAGGAGAUCUACCUGAAGUCGACACAAAGAAAAAAAGGAAAUGGUGGAAUUUUGGGAACUUGAUCAGCUCAUGAAGUUUGCGAUAAUUUCUAAUUCAACUUUUUUUUGUAUAGUUUUUUCAACCUUCGGCUUAUGGCUCCUUGUAAAGUAUAGGGUGGAUAUGGUGGUUUCUUUGUGGGUCUCUGCUUAUGCUGUGCUGUUCAUUCUUUUGUAAAUAUUAAUUUUCACAUUCAUUGAUUUUAUGGUCUUCUUAAUUCCAUCUUCUAUUGGUUUUUCCAUCA